UUUUCUCGUGAGCUAGGUUACCGGCAUGCUUGUUGUCCAUCCUGAAAGUUACUGUGACGUCUGCCUUGAUAUCUAUUCUAUCUCCUCAGGAAUUGCUCAUUCUCCACAUGUGAUCGCCUGUGGUCACAUAUUUUGUCUCAAAUGUCUUCGCUCCUUAUCCACAACGGCAUGUCCCCUCUGUCGCGAGCCUUUUCAGCUAGAUCGUGUUAAGAAACUCUACCUCGAAAAUCCACCCAAACAAGACAAUGCUGAACAGCAUACCAUCAACGCUCGUCAUGCUAGACUCCUUCGUCAGUGUGUGUCUCUAGUUUCGGGCGAAGACGCACCCAAAGCGGAUGCCAUCAAAGUUGUCACCGAAGCGCUAGAAUUGCUGCAGUCUCAACCAGAUGCCUCAAAUUAUCAUGUCCCACUUCAAAUUGCUGUAGCUUCCUUCCAGCGAUGCAAAGUUCUUCAGGAUGAGAGCGAGCGUGAAAAGGCAGAAUGUCGGCGCCUUCGUGACCAUGGAGAAAGUCUGCUUUCUAGGAUUCAGACAAUAGAGAAUGAAUAUGCUCUUUCCUCGGCCAAAUGAGUCAGUCACCUCGAGCAGUAUAUUCGGAUAACCAUGUAUGAAAGAAACACCUCUCCUUGCCCACCACAACCACCCCAGCCGAGCCGAGCGAGACUGCACUCGUUUUCUAUUGUCCACUUCGACAUCCACAAUCGUGGUAUUCUCUACUUACCGCACUACUACUACUCACUGCUCUUAUCUUCCUAGCACCCUUAGGGCGAUUCUUAGGGCGAUUUCUGUAUUGUGGUCAACAUGUUAAUGCGCUAGAUGUUUUUCUUUGGGUU